AUGGCCACGGCCGUCCUGCUCGCCCUGGGCAGCACUGCUGCCCGCGGCGACGGUUUGAUCACCGCGAACUCGACCCUGGACGCCGCCAAGCAGACCCUAAACACCACCGCGAACCUGACCAUGGAAUCGCGGAUUGCCAUGACCACCGACGGAAUCAUGGCCAGGACCUUCGCGACGUCGAGCCGGCGCCCCAUCACCACGAAGCUGACCACCGUGUACGGGACCAAGGUGGUCGUCGUGAGCACCACCGGGAGCCCCAUCAGCACCUACACCCUCACCGGCCCGACCCCGGGCCCCCCCAAGAACGGCCCGCUGCGCGGCAUCAACAAAUGCGAGAUGGUUGACCAUGGCGUCGGUGCCCUUCCCCAAGAACGCCAAAAAAAAAGAGAGAAAAAAAGAAGGUUCCACAGAACGGCUAACACGUGA